GCAACAAUUAUGCCCAGCACUAAUCUCAAGUGUUGACGGUGUGUUUACAGCAUCUAAUUAGUCGUAAUUGUAUGUUUUAUUCAAAAAAUAACUUACUUCUUGCAUGAAUUGUUGACAUGCCUAUGACAUUUGAGCAGUCUGUGUCCCAUCUAUUUUUGUCACAGUUUCUGGGUUAAGGUUGGACUGCUGACACUGUUGGCUGGUCGGACAACACUGUUGGCAUGAAAUGGUUGUUUAGUAGAACAGACGGAUUUUCUGAAUUAUCCAGACACAAUAUUUAUGGCUGGUUUGUAUAUCUCCCGCAGCCAUUCUCAUGGACCUGUUUGAGAUCAGAGGAGACACACUGGAUGUGAUUGCAGAAGAAGCAGAGCACCAGGAUUUGAGCAGAGAGUCAAUCACUAUGGAGUCCUUUAAUGUGACUUCAGACAGAGGAGGGAGGACAACCCGAGACAUAUCCACCUUCCAGAGGUUUUCUGUCGACACCAAUGAGUCCCUUCAUUUUGAGCCCUGUGAGGACAUCCCCCCAUCUCCCACUGGGGCGGAAGAUGGAAAUGAUGAGGAUGACGUGUUUAAGGAGGAAGGAACAGGGAGUGAAAUCGUCAAAAUCAGGAAUCGUUUGCAAGCAAAGGUUGCUGAGAUGGAGAGCUUUGCAGGUCAUCUAGAGGAAAUCUUUCUCACCGUGGAGGAGAAUUUUGGCCGUCAGGAGCAGCACUUGGAGCAGCACUACAACGAUGUGCUGCAGACGUUGUCUCAGAGGUACGAUGAGAGAGCGGCUGGUUUGGAGGAGGAGAAGAAAGGGAAGCUGGAGGCCCUGUACACUCAGCUGCUGUCUUGUGGCCGGGCGAUGGAUGCUUCCAAAGAGCUUAUUGAGACGGCCCAGGAGAUCUACCGCACUCAAGACAAAAGGCUUUUCCUGAAGACAGUUAUGCCUACCAUCAAAAGCAUCGAGGAGUUUGCUAAGGAAGAGAGUGACCUCACAUUGACCACACGUCUGGAGUUUAACACACCACUGGCUGACCUGUCAGAUGUCAAAACCAUGAUGGACUCCAUCAAUGUCGUUCCAGCUCCCUCCGCCCCAGUCAUCAACCCCCAGAUGCCAAACUCUGCCACCCAGACGUCGCUGCGUGUCUGCUGGAGCCUUUUCUCCGAUGACACAGUGGAGUACUACGAGCUUUACUACAGACCCGUUUUGGAGGACAAGCCAGCAGACAGCACCCACACAGCACAAGAGAGUAAGGUCAAGGUGAAGGAGACCCACUGCACUGUGACAGAUCUGCUGCCCAAUGCUCAGUAUGAACUGUGGGUGACGGCUACCAACACCACAGGAAUCAGCCCAGCGAGCGAGAAGGCCUUAUACAUCACAGUGCCAUCGCCUCCAGUGAUCAAGCGGAGGGAGUGUACAAGCUGUACAGAUGCAGCUCUGAUCCGCUGGGAGUCGGGAAACACCAACCCUGUGGACUCUUACACUGUGGAGCUCAGUGAGAUGGGAACUGAUGACACACAAAGCAGUGUCACAGAGUCCAUAGUAGCCGUGCCCACCUGUCAGUGUUUGAUCCAGCUGCAGUCAGGACGCCGUUAUCUUAUAUCUGUGAGAGCGGUUAACAUUGGCGGGCCCAGCGACAGGAGUGAAGUUAUUACAGUCUCUACGACAGGUACAUUCUUCUAUCUCCUGGAGGAUACCGCCCAUCCUUGUCUGUCCAUCUCUGAGGAUGGCUUCACCAUGUUUUAUGGAGACGAGGAGCUGCCAAUUAGUGCAAUGGGUUUAGAUGAUAACACCUUUGCCAGAUGUGUGGCUGUCCUCGGGGACCUGAUUCCAGUGCGAGGCCGACAUUACUGGGAAGUCGAGGUGGAUGACGGGAGUGAGUAUAGGAUCGGCGUUGCGUACGAGGACACUGAGAGGAAUUCGUACCUCGGAGCCAAAACCACGUCCUGGUGUAUGAGACACAUUCUGACACCAUCCAGGCAUAAAUAUGAAUUCCUGCACAACGGUUGGAGUCCAGACCUGAGGAUCACUGUGAACCCAGUGAGGAUAGGAGUGGCUCUGGACUAUGAGAGGGGGACUCUGUCCUUCUUUAAUGUUGAUCUGGAACAACAUCUGCACACCUUCCAGUGUCACUUCAGAAAUUAUGUCCACCCUUGCUUUAGCCUGGACAACCCAGGAGCUCUUAUAGUACACAAUGGCAUAGAAGCUCCAGAAUAUGCAUUCAUCUGAAACCAGCUCUCACGUAUAGAAUUAAAAUGACAUUAAACCCAGGGUUGAAACCUCUUUUAAAUACUUACCAGAGGUCAGGGUGUCAAUGCCAACAACGCAAACAUUGUGAACACCAACAUUCAUUCAAAAUAAAACUACCUGCUGACCUUUCAUAGCAUUAUUAAAUGUGCAGGAUAUAAAGACA